UUUUUCUCGAUUUUCAGUCGCUGAGCGCAGGCUAAAAGAGUAGCUAAAAUAAAGUUGAAUUCGGUCGGUUGGUAUGCCUUGCCUUGCCCUGCCUUGGCAUUUCAAUUCCAAUUUCUCUUCACGAUCGCUUUCUAAUUAGACUUGCCUCCAUAAAAUUACCUUUUCUUAUAUCAACUUUUCUCCACCCCUCUUGUCUCGAGAAAAUAAAACGGCAGUCCCCCCACUCAUCAUGUUCUGUCGCAGUUUCUUUGGAUCGCAGCUUUCGUCCAUCAGCAACCUGCUCGGUCGCCAAACCGCCCUCUCAUCGACCACAGGUGUGGCCAUGAGCGCACAGCGGCAGCUCCUGCACAGUAGCAGCGCGCACCUCAACCAGGCGCCCUACAUUAUUCCCCAGCCGCAAUACGAGCAGCCGAUGAUUAAGCCAGAGGAGAAGCGGCCAAACGUGAUGAAGGUGAUCGAGCGCGAGGCGCUGGCCAGAGCAGAUGUUGACGGGCGUUCCAAGCUAUUUAUCCGCCGUGCGGCACCCAAGGCUCGGCUGUGUGCCGGUGAUGUUGUUUUUGUUGAGACGCAGAAUAGUAUGAGCGAUCCGGCGGCUACCACGAGCUUCACCGGCGUGUGCAUUGCUAUUUACCGGCGUGGUAUUGACACGUCGUUUAUUCUGCGCAAUGUCGUGCAGAAGAUUGGCGUUGAGAUGCGGUUUAUGGCGUAUUCGCCGUUGGUAAAGAGGAUUGAGAUCCUGCAGAAGGGUGAAGGCUUCAGGAGAGCUAAGCUGUUUUACUUGAGGGAGAACCCUGGAAAGACCUUCCAGCUCAAAGCGCUCAAGAAGAUGGCGCAGUCGGCAGCGACCGCAAAGAAACACUAGAUUUACUUUUGUUGUUUUAAUUGGUACUUAAAAAAGAUGUGAACAAAGAAAU